UGAGAAGAGAAAGGUUAGCUCUCUGGAAGAGGAGACUGUCACUGAGAGUGCAAAACAACAGAAGUCUCUUCCUGGAUCCUUUUACCUUCUAGGCAGCAUGAAAGCUAUUCUGCUGCUCAGUUUCCUUUCUAGCUUACUGGUGCUUCUAAUUGCCAACACCCACGGGUGGCAUGACCUGGACAACACCAAUUUUGACUGCUGGCCCCUGGAGAAACCUGAUGAGAUGAAUAUGCUGGAUUGUGGAGGUCUAGAGAUGUCAUGGGUCCAGCGGCCACCAGAGAAGGCUAUCAGUGGGGAACCUUUUAAUGUGAUCUAUGCUGUCUUUGCUUCAGAUGACUUUUAUGACUAUGCUAUCAGAAAUGGAAUCUUUUCCCACAGCAAUGCAACUGCUGCAAAGAAAUUCUGUGAAGAUGUAGAGUGCCCUGCCAACUGGAAGGAAGCAAAUGGAGAGAACUGCUGUGUCCACCAUGCCAACAUUCAUUCUUGUCCUCUGGCUUUCAUGGUUAGUAGUAGAAUAUGUGGCCCAUGGAUCCCUGAUGAUGGACAGAUAUUUACUCACACCCUAUCUACUGCUGGGAAAAUGACACAGAGAAACUGGACAGCCAAGGUUGUGUUAGUCCAUGUGGGUGUGACUUCUCUUAUUGCUCAUAUCAGAGUUGGAAAGAUGCAGGUAGCUUUGGAAGCCCAAACCACAGUACUGCAUGCAACAGUAUGCGGGGAUGGCCUGUGUGAAGAGGAUGAGGGAUGUUCCAUAUGCCCAGUGGACUGUGGGGAAUGCCCACUUACUACAGAUGUCUGGGUAGCCACUGCUUUGCCAAUCUGUUUGGUUUGUACUGCUUUCAUUCUGACAAUCAUGUGGUUUUGGUAUCAGAAGCAAAAGAUGUUUUGGGAUGAAAGCUGGAUUAUAGAUUUCACCCGCAUCAAACAAGAUCCAUGGAGGCGGAUGGGGAGUGACAGCAGCAUGCCACUUGUGGCCAGCAGCUCCAACAUUGGUUCCAUUACUGCCAUCAGCUCUUGCACAACUACUCUCUAUGCUUCUAAAAAACAGUACUUCACCCAGACGGGGAUAUAUGAUGGAAAGAUUGUAGCCAUCAAGAAAAUAACAAAGAAGACAUUUAAACUCUCCAAGAUAAUACGUAAAGAAGUGAAGCAAGUAAGAGAACUGGAUCACCCAAAUAUUUGUAAAUUCCUUGGAGGCUGCAUCGAAGAGCCUAACAUUGCCAUUGUGACUGAGUACUGUCCAAAGGGAAGCUUGAAUGAUGUUCUGCUCAGUGAGGACAUUCCUAUCAACUGGGGUUUCAGGUUUUCUUUUGCUACAGACAUUGCCCAUGGAAUGGCUUAUCUCCAUCAGCACAAGAUAUUCCAUGGACGUCUGAAGUCUACCAACUGUGUGAUAGAUGACCGAUGGGUGUGCAAAAUUUCAGACUUUGGAUUAAAAUCAUACCGAGAGGAAAAUAUGUCUGAAGGUUUUAAUUCAUAUCAACAGCACCUGAGGCAAAUGUAUCUGGCUCCAGAAGCUCAGUUAGUGCCAAACUGGGAACCAUCUGCACUGGGAGAUGUAUACAGCUAUGCCAUCAUUUUAUUGGAGAUUGCCACAAGAAGUGACCUAGUGCAGAGAGAAGAGUCUCACUCAAUGGAUUAUGCUUUGUGCCUCCCUCUACAAGAAUUAAUUACUGGCAAGUCAGAAAAUUCCUGCCCUUGCCCCUCAGAGUAUGUAGAGCUAAUCAGAAAGUGCAAGAAAAAUAACCCAUCCCAAAGACCAACAUUUGAACAAAUCAAGAAGCUUCUGUACAAGAUGAAUCCCAACAAAGUUAGUCCAGUGGACAUGAUGAUGACUUUGAUGGAAAAGUACAAUAAACACCUAGAAGUGUUGGUGGUUGAAAGAACCCAGGAUCUAAUGCAUGAAAAACAAAAGACUGAUCGUUUGCUGUAUAGUAUGUUACCCAAACAAGUUGCAGACGACCUAAGACAAGGCAAACUCCCACAAGCCCAAAGUUACUUAAGUGCAACCAUCUUUUUCAGUGAUAUUGUUGGCUUCACUCAACUAUCUAGCACCAGCACACCAUAUCAAGUUGUAGACUUCCUCAACAAGUUAUAUACUAACUUUGACGAGAUUAUAGAUAGCUAUGAUGUCUACAAAGUGGAGACAAUAGGAGAUGCAUACAUGGUCGUAUCAGGAGUGCCCAAAAUGAAUGGCAUUCUCCAUGCUGGGCAAAUAGCUAGCAUGGCACUGGAUUUGGUAGCUGUGUGCAAGACAUUUAAGAUUCCCCAUAAACCCAAUGUCCAGCUGAUGAUACGUGCUGGGAUCCAUUCAGGGCCAGUGGUUGCUGGAGUUGUUGGAACCAAAAUGCCCCGAUACUGUUUAUUUGGAGACACUGUGAAUACAGCAUCCAGAAUGGAGUCAACAAGUGAAGCUCUUAAAAUCCAAUGUAGUUCCAGUGCCUACCAACUGUUGGAGCAAAUUGGAGACUAUACGUUAGUUUGCCGUGGAAACUUGCAGGUCAAGGGGAAAGGAACAAUGGUAACCUAUUGGUUGGAAGGAAAGAAGUCUACUGCAACCCUAGAGGGAACCUCCAGCACCACUGCCAACAUUCAAGACCCAGAGAGGAACACUUUUAAUAUGAUUCCAGGAGUCUUAACUGUCGAGCCACUCUCCAGUCCAGCUUAAAGUCAUUUCUUUGUUCCAGUUCCAGUUUCUGACUCUUUCAGAGUUAAAUCAACUUGUCAUACAUCUCUCACGAGAUCCAGAGAGGCCUGAAGUUCCUAUUGUAAUGGCACUUUUGGAAACAAAGGAAGGAUGGAUUCCUUUUCCCUUACACCAUCUGAAUCCUUGAAAGGUUAUUAAUCAUAGCUCAGCCUGUCUUUCGUUUUCCCUUUCUUAUUUUCCCCCAUUUCUGGCAGUAAUACAAGUACAAUUCUCUGGCAGUGACAGACUGCUCAGCAAAAAGAAGAGGUCUUCUGUGUCUCUGGAGAUGAGGCUUCCCAAUUUUGAGCAGACCUGUGAAGCUACCUCUUUGAUUUCACUGAGUAUCUCCCUGGAGGGCUGACCCUGGGCAAAAUUGUAAAGUAGGCAAAGUUUAUUUCUUAUGGCAUUCCACCUCCCCCUUUUCUAACCUCUAGGUAUCUAGUGCCUGAUUAGUAUUCCCUAGCUGCUCAGUAUCUCUCCUGAGAUACCACAUUUACAGCAUAUGUUACAGAUCCUUUCUUCCUUCCUCCAGCUUCCCUAUCAAAACGUAUCCAUCCUAUAUUCUAUUCUGCAUUAUCCCUUAGGUGACUUACUAAUUACAGAAACACAGAGGUUAGGAUUGGAAAGGACUUUAAAAAUCUUUCGAUCCAUCUACUUCAUUUUAUCAAUGUGUAAAGUGGGCAGUCCGGCAAGGUUAAAUGAUUUGCCCAAAGUCACAAAGCUAUUUAGUGAAGAGCUAGAAUUAGAACCCAGCUGACCUGAUUCUGAGACUAGUCCAUUUUCUGAUACACUGAUUAUUUUUUUUCGCCAAGUUGUCAAUGCUAGAUAACAACUUAAUGUGUUACUCUUCCUACCCUAGCAUAUUUGCAUCUUAAUGGUAGCAUUCAAUGUUUUAACCCAAAGCACUGAAAUAAAGGCUGAAAUUUCAGGUAGAAAUGGCAGGCCAAUGGAGGUGUUUUGUAUUCUGUUGGCAUUUAAAUAGAUUUUAAUGUUUAUUUUGAUGGGACUAGAAUUUUAUUUUGAUAGGACUGAAAGGCCAGCACAUAGAAACCAGUUGAAGAAGCUGAGGGUGUUUAGCCUGGAGAAGAGAUUUAGGUGGGGCAUGGUAAAUGUCUUUUAGUAUUUGAGGUACUGUCAUGUAAAAGACAGAUCAGACUUGUUCUGAUGGGUCCCAGAGGGCAGAACUGGAAGCAGUGUUUGGAAGUUGCAGAGAGGAGUAUUUGGCUUGAUGUGAGGUAAAAAAACCCUACAAUUAGAAAUAUAUAAAAACUUCUUAAGGAAACAGUGGGUUCACCGCCGUUAGAAUUCUUCAAGAAGUUUCUGUUCACUUGUUCAUUAUCAUCAAAAACAUUUAUAAGCCCUUACUAUGCCCCAGGCACUGUGCUAAGUACAAGGAGAGGCAAAAAUCAUGAUCUUUACCAUCAAGAUAAUGCCUUGGGAUAGAUACAGUAUGCAAAUACAAACAACUAUAUCUGUACAGGAUUCAUACAGUGUAAAACAGUCAUCUCAGAGGGAAAGUGAUAGCAGUGGAGAAAGGGGAGGUGGGGAGCAAGACUGGAAGAGACCCCCUGUAGAAGGCAGGAUUUGAGCUGAGUCUUGAAGGAAGACAGAAAAGCCAGCUGGCAGAUGUAGAGGGGAGAGAUUUCUGUUUAGAUAUGUUAGACUAGGUGAUUUUUGAGGUUUCUUCCAAUUCUGAGAGUCUA